AUGCCCACAUUUUAUUUUGUUAUUGUGGGUCAUCAGGAUAAUCCCAUAUUUGAAAUGGAAUUUCCAGCAGUUAGUAAAGAAAUGAGGAAAGAGGACCACCGCCAUCUAAGUCAAUUUAUAGCUCAUGCCGCCUUAGAUUUAGUAGACGAACACAAAUGGAAGACGCCCAAUAUGUAUUUAAAGUCCAUAGAUCGUUUUAAUCAGUGGUUUGUUUCGGCAUUUGUAACAGCUAGCCAAAUUCGUUUCAUCAUUGUCCAUGAUCAGAAAAAUGACGAGGGCAUUAAGAACUUCUUUAAUGAAAUGUAUGAAACGUAUGUGAAGUACUCAAUGAAUUCCUUUUAUAAAAUCAAUACUCCAAUUAAAUCGCCAACAUUUGAGAAAAAAGCUCAAUUAUAUGGCAGAAAGUAUUUAUUAUCAUAA